GAGCUCAUCUGAAUGCUGCCAUCACCCUCACACACUGCAUUAUAGGAAACCUCCCCUGGAGAAAGCUCCCAGCUUAUCUCAUCGGCCAGUUCCUGGGAUCCUUUACUGCCGCAGCCACCGUCUUUGGCCUCUACUACGAUGCUCUGUACGACUACACCAAGGGGAACUUUACAGUGACAGGACCAACUGCCACGGCUUCGAUCUUCUCCACUUACCCCUCUCCCUGUGUAUCCUUGCUGGGGGCCUUCUUCAGCGAGUUUUUGGCAACAGUGAUGCUGGUCCUGGGCAUUCUGAUCAUCCACGAUGAGAAAAACAAUGGAGCCCUCAAAGGCACGCAGGCCCUGCUCACGGGUAUCCUGGUGCUGGGCAUUGGCCUGGGGAUGGGGAUGAACACAGGCUACGCCAUAAACCCCUCUCGGGACCUUCCCCCCAGGAUCUUCACGGCAAUUGCUGGCUGGGGAACUGACGUCUUCCGGGCUGGACAUUACUGGUGGUGGGUCCCAAUCAUAGCUCCAACACUGGGAAGUCUUGCUGGUGUUUUAAUCCACAAACUCUUCAUUGAUUUUCACAACCAACCUGUCCCAGAAAGUGGAAACGUGAAAGGACAGCCAGUUGUGGAGACUUCUACGCUGUGA